CUUCCUCUGAAGGAUGAGCGUAAACUUGUGACAGCUAGGAGGGAGGUGACGCGUCAAGAUCAUUACAGAGCCGGUCAGGAUCUAUAUGUCCCAGGACAAAAACACGUCCCCCUCUGAUGAAACGUCCGACAUGAUCUGAAAAUGCGUCGAAUAACAGCCUCCCAGUCAGGUGAGUGAGGGGUCUUCCCCUCAUGUUUGGGCCCCUGAUCCCUACGAUGGCAGCGGAUCUCUACGGUCCCCCAUCCCCCAUGGGGGAUUCCCUCCUAGACAGUCCACUGUGUGGGGACCUGAUAGGAGAUCUUCCCGACAUUUCCCAGUCUAUUGGAGAUGACACAUUGGGAUUUGAUUUUCCAGAGUACCAGAGCACUGGGUCCGAGUUCAAGAGCUCAAUCACAUUGGACACCCUGACCCCAGCCUCCAGCCCAUCGUCAGAGGUGUGUGGAGCGGCAGCAGGCCCAGAGGAGAACCUCAGCUCCCUAAACCUCGAGUGUCGGGUGUGUUCAGACAAAGCUUCAGGUUUCCACUAUGGAGUACAUGCAUGUGAGGGCUGCAAGGGUUUCUUUAGGAGGACCAUCAGACUGAAGCUGGAUUAUGAUAAAUGUGAACGCAACUGUAAAAUUCUAAAGAAGAAUCGGAACAAGUGCCAGUACUGCAGAUUCCACAAGUGCCUGUCUGUGGGCAUGUCGCAUAAUGCCAUCCGGUUUGGCCGGAUGCCCCAAGCAGAGAAGCUAAAGCUCAAGGAGGAAAGCAAGGUGGUAGAGAAGGAUGUAGAAAGUCCCAUUAAGGCUGACCACAAGAUUCUGAUAAGGCAGAUCCACGAAGCCUACAUGAAGAACUUCAAUAUGAACAAGGCAAAAGCACGGCUCAUACUCACUGGAAAAACCACCAAGCCGCCUUUUAUCAUUCAUGACAUGGAGACAUUCCAGCUCGCUGAAAAGACGUUAGCGGUCUACAUGGUAAAGGGUGAGUAUUCUGUUUCUGAAAGCGACCUGCAAGUUGGUGAGCUGAUUCCUUCUGUGAUGUGUGAGGAGCUCCAGCAGAGGGAGGCUGAAGCCAGGCUCUUCUAUUGCUGCCAGAGUACCUCAGUGGAGACGGUCACAGAGCUAACGGAGUUCGCCAAGGCUGUGCCUGGCUUCCAGAGCUUGGAUUUGAAUGAUCAGGUGACACUAUUGAAAUACGCCGUUUAUGAAGCCCUUUUUACACUUUUGGCCUCAUGUAUGAACAAAGAUGGCCUGCUAGUGGCCCGUGGUGGAGGCUUCAUCACCCGUGAGUUCCUAAAAAGCCUCCGACGACCAUUUAGUGACAUGAUGGAGCCAAAGUUCCAGUUUGCUGCACGCUUCAACUCAAUGGGCUUGGAUGAUAGUGACCUGGCACUUUUUGUGGCUGCUAUUAUCUGCUGUGGAGACCGUCCAGGCCUGGUGGACAUACCUCUGGUGGAGCAGUUGCAGGAAAGCAUUGUUCAUGCACUACGGCUCCACCUGCUGGCCAAUCACCCUGAUGACACCUUCCUCUUCCCCAGACUGCUGCAGAAACUGGCUGACCUGAGGGAGCUGGUCACAGAACAUGCACAGUUGGUUCAGGAAAUCAAGACAAUAGAGGACACGUCACUGCACCCGCUCCUCCAAGAAAUAUACAGGGACAUGUACUGACGAGUUAGUAUAUGUAAAAGUUAGUGUUAAUAAUAAUGUUGAUAUACUGUUAAAAUCAUAGUAAGCAGCUCGCUUCCAUUGAGGUUAUCUUUAUCAGUUUAGAAGGAGCAACUCUUGUGGAUAUGGUGGCUGCUUCAGUGAAAAAGGAUGUAAAGGAGCUUUUAGCACUUACACCAUAUGUGAAUAGAUAUAAUCUGAUUUCUGCCAAUUACAGACAGAUGCAAUAGUUUGAGUUUUGGAUGGGGUCUUUUAUACAGUUACUAAAUAAAAGCUCAACACCCUGUGCAUUUUUGCAUAGUGUUAAAAUGACUUUUGAAGUCGUGCAUGCACUGAAACCACUUGAGCUCACGAACUUGAAGCGUGUAUGCCUUUAGAUGUGGUUGAUCCUCUUUUCAUGUCCUGACAUUAGGUGUAGUACUUUACUGAAAUCAGCCAAAUCUCUUUUUUCUCCUCAUUUUGAGAUUUAGAAGUACUACAAUAAGUAUGCAUAUUGUGCCAUAAAUUUCUGCUGCAUGACUUCAGAUUUCUUGUAUUUCUUCUUACAUUACCACAAGUUGAACACAACUAAUGUAGCUUCUGUUUUGUUGUAAGAAUACUUUUAGUAGUUUUCUGUGUUGUACCUUUUUU